AUGCGAAGGAAUUAGCGGGAACUCAUAUUCUCGAAAAAGAGAAUACUAGAGCUUCCCAUCCAAAUAUCCGAUAACAAUUAAGCCAUACUCAUUCUUUAAGGGAUUUCCUAAAAUCAAAUUUCACUCACCACAUUUUUCCAACAACUCACCUUACUUCUACCUUAAUUUACAGAAUUACAUCUCCAAACACUGCCUUACAUUCAACAAGCAACAGCCCAAUAUAUCUAUGAAAUUGAUUAAUCAAAUAGACAAAUCAAUGAUGAUGAUCUUGAGAUUUCAGAAUGCACUGUCUUAGAAAUGCUUCUCUACCUAAAUCAACUCACUUAUUAUGUCAAAAUAGACUUUUCUAUGGAUGAUCUCCUAGAUCUCCUCUUAAAAAUAUUAAAAGCAACCAAUAAAUUCAAAAUUUUGGAUAGAAUUUGCCAAGUAUUAUACAAUAUUUUGCUUGAUUUCCCAGAUGCUUAAGCUCUAUUGCUCUAGCAAAACCUUCCAACUAUGUUGACCAAUAAAUAUCUAACGAACACGAACUUUGAUUUACUUAAUCUUAAGAAUCUCCUCAUGAUUUUGCAUAAAUUAGUUAAAAUUGGAUAUCAUGAAUACAACCUCAUCCAUCCUAUUCUUCACAAAUUACAGAACAGUUCAAAUGUUCAAUAAUCACAAUAUGUAGAAGUUAUGGAAUACUUUUUCUAAUUUCUUGCUAAUUGUUCUUCCAAUUAUGAUCCUUAAAUUAUUCAAUAGGUUCAAUUAUUUGAAAAAUUCUUAGAAUUCUAAUAUGUUAGAUGGUCUGUUGAUUUGCUUUUUAAAUAUGAUAAAAAUUACAAUCUUGUAUGCAAUAUCUAUCAGUUUCUAAAUAACUUGAGUUUAGCAGCCUGUGGUUCAAGCAUGAUUGAUCAAGGCAUUUUGAGUGUCAUAUAAGUACAUUUAAAUGAAAAAUCAGUACCUCAAAUACUUAUUUACUCCUUAUUGACAAACUUAAUUGUGGAUGAUCUCACAAGUAUUUUACAAUGUGGAAUUCUUAUCAGAAUCCCUGCAAUGUUUAGGUUAGGAUUUCCUAACUCAGACUAUAUUCCUGAAUUGAUUUAUUGUAUUACUGCUGCGUUCUCGAAAGCCGAUGAAAAUUAAAUUCAAGACUUGACCAAAAUCUAAUUGACUGAUUGCUUGGUUACUUAUGUUGCAGAUUUACCUCAAGAACUAUUGGAUUUAGAGCUUUGUUAAAAAAUAUUUCGAAUAUUGCAAUCCAUAAUACAUUUGCAAAAUUAGGAAUCAUAAGAAGAUAAUUAUGAAUUGGAGAAAUUGAAAAACAAUACUAUGUUUAUCAUGAGAUGCAAUCAUAUCUUUGGAUUAAAUAAAGAUUACUAUUGUGAAACCCUGUUAAAUAUUCUGUUUGAAAUGUGA